AUGGCCGCGCAAGUUCCGGCUGCUCUCAAGCCAGCUGAUAUUACAGCUUUUGCUCACCGGGCAGCCCAGCUGGAGAAAAUCAAGCCGAUCAUUGCUUAUUGGUGUGAUUACUGGAUUGUCAAUCAGAUCUUAUCGAAAGGAUUGCACAAUACCGACCAAGAAUGUCUCGUUUACACCACCUCGCUCAUGGACAAGUUGGAACAAUUCAAAGCCGAGCACGCCGAGGAAUCUGCCGUGUCGGACGAUAUAGUUGGAAAAGCAUACGUGGAACAGUUUGCAUUGGAAACACUAGAAAGAGCAGACAAUGCGGUGCGAGCGAACAAGGCUACGAAGCAGACUGCGGACACAUUCCGGGCUGCGGCCACGUUUUUGGAACUGCUCCAAAUCUGGGGCCCUCUCGACUCGGAAAUCAGCGGUAGGAUCAAGUAUGCAAAGUACCAUGCUGUGAGGAUAGUCAAGGCCAUUCAAAGCGGCGAAGACCCCAAUCUGUCCAACCCGAAGCCAGUGCCGCCAGCUGAAGACACCCUCCCUGCUCUGGAUCCUAGUGAUGCAGAUGUCCAAGCUUUGGAAGGUGGUGGCAGAAGGCCGAGGCAGCCAUCUGUCGUGGAGGUCCCCGACGAGGCGGACAAGAUUCAGAAGAGCCUUGCACAAAAGUCCUUGGGGAACGAAUCUUUACAUCCUUCAAGAGACACAUCUGUGCCACCACCCACAGCAAAGCGAGAGCGUCAACCUUCUGUUGUUGAAGUGACAGAUGAGGGAGACCGUGUUCAGAGCAAUCUCGCUGCCCAGUCGACGAUCGACGAAUCUAUUCAUCCCUCCGCGGCGCCCUCUACGCCUCGCACGCCGACGAAUAACGUUUCCCCGCUAGUGCCAGAUGACGCGGCAUCAUUCUACACGAACCAGCUUGGACCGGCCAAUAUAUCACCGCUCGAGGCCCCGUCAGAGAGGAAACCAUCAAUUGGUGGCAACUAUUUCCCUAGAGUUCCUUCUCCGCCGGCCCCGGAGCUCCCUUCAGCACCUACAACCCUGGGGGGAGGUCCCAUUAUACCUUCUGCUCCAACAGAUCUUGCGAGUAGUCCUGCUGGGCUUCCGCCGACAUCGCUAGAACUAUCAUUCGAAUCGGGACGUAGCUUGCUCGCAGGGCUCAACCAGCCGAGUCGUGAAUCGCCCCCUCCUCCUCCGCACCGGCAUGGACAAUUUCUGCCGCAGCCCGGCCCAGGCCAGCCGCCACAGAUUCCUCCGAACUUUCAGCCUCAGGUCCCUCAACCUCAAAUCCCUCAGAAGCCUCCACAAUUUCGACAGACUCGCGGACCAGUUCCUCCUACCCCCCAGCCGCAGCAGAUUAUAUCGCCUUCACCAGUUCACCCCGCCCAUCCCCCUCCGCCUGCGCAACUGGUAGAUGCUAUCGUUGAUGAGGAAGCAAUGAUGAAAGCUCAGAAACACGCACGAUGGGCCAUUUCAGCUUUGGAUUUUGAAGAUGUCCCUACCGCCGUCCGGGAACUGAGAGCAGCACUGGCUCUACUGGGUGCGACGUGA